AUGAGUUUUACACCACCUCCACCACCUGUGUUCACUAGUGAAAACUACCACAUUUGGGUGAUUAAGAUGAAGACAUACCUUCAGGCGCAUGAUUUGUGGAAUGUGGUUGAAAAUGAUACUGAACCACCUCCAUUGAGGGCCAAUCCCACCAUUGCAAAGACCAGGCAACACAGUGAAGACUGUGCUAAGAAGCAUAAAGCGAUGGCCUGCUUGCAGAAUGGAGUAUCCGAUGUGAUCUUCACUCGGAUAAUGGCUUGUGACUCACCUAAGCAAGCAUGGGAGAAGCUGAAUGAGGGGUUCAUGGGUUCAGAUAAGACAAGGCAGCAACAAGUGAUCAAUCUCAAAAGAGACUUUAAGAACCUGAAGAUGAGAGAAUCAAAUACUAUCAAGCAGUACUCAGACAGGAUAAUGACCACCGUCAACAGUAUUAGGCUCCUUGGAGAAGACUUCAGUGAGAGCAGGGUUGUUGAAAAGGUCAUCACCACACUUCUUGAAAAGUUUGAGUCUAAAAUCUCAUUACUUAAGGUCAUUGGUGUUAAGUGGGUGUUUAGAGCCAAGUAUAAUGCUGAUGGCUCAUUAAAUAAACACACGGCAAGGCUUGUGGUGAAAGGCUACAACCAGUAA